CUCAAGUACGGUUCUAAGGGAAGAAAACUUUUAGAAGUUGAUCUAUCCCGACCGAGGAGAACAGGCCAUUCAACAGGGAGAUCCUGAAAUUGCGGAAGCUUGGUUUGAUCAAGCUGCUGAGUAUUGGAAACAAGCUAUAGCGCUUGCUCCAAGCAAUUAUAUCGAAGCACAAAAUCGGUUAAAGAUUACAGGACGUUUUGGAGAAUGAAAAUGUCUCGAUUACUAUACUGCGAAAUCGUCAAGAAUAUGAAAUUUAUCCAGACAGGAUAAAUCCAUUUUUCAUACUAUUCGAGCGAAUUAGCUUCUCUUAUUGCAUUGUCAUUAUAAAAAAAUAUGUUUAAAAUAAAACAAAGAAUACUUUCUAUGGAUCGUUAAUGAAAAAAAUCUUUUCUCUAUGGGCAAAUCCCGUCCAGAGAUAUAAUUUAUUAAAGAUUCAUUAAUAAUUUAUCAAUUCAAAGUUCUUUUGAAUUAUAAAAGUGAUCUGUAACAUAUGGGUCCAGAGAUAUGGAUAAAUAAAUCUGGAUAUGAAGAUAAUGAUUGUAUUAAUAUUGAUAUCUUUUUUUACCACUCGACGGGAAAGACGUUUUAUAUCUCGCAACGGUCCAUUAAGCACCUAUCAGAUAUGUCAUAAUAAAUAUGAACACCUGUCUCAAAUCGACUUCCCUAUCAUAGUCGCUCUAGUUUUGAACUGGGAAAUAAAGAGAGGAACGAGUUGAGAAUAUAUCUUUUUUUUUAUUCGGCGGGUUUUUUCUCAUGUCUCGUCUGGAAAGAGGAGAACUCAAUGACCAUUCGUUCACCGGAACCAGAAGUAAAGAUCAUAGUGGAUAGGGAUCCUGUUAAAACCUCUUUUGAAAAAUGGGCUAAACCCGGUCAUUUCUCAAAGACACUAGCCAAGGGACCUAAUACUACCACCUGGAUCUGGAACCUACAUGCUGAUGCUCACGAUUUUGAUAGCCAUACCAAUAAUUUGGAAGAGAUCUCCCGCAAAGUAUUUAGUGCUCAUUUUGGUCAAUUAGCAAUAAUAUUUAUUUGGCUAAGUGGGAUGUACUUUCACGGCGCUCGCUUCUCCAAUUAUGAAGCAUGGCUAGGCGAUCCUACUCACAUUAAACCCAGUGCUCAGGUAGUUUGGCCGAUAGUAGGCCAAGAAAUUUUGAAUGGAGAUGUGGGUGGAGGUUUUCGAGGAAUACAAAUAACCUCUGGGUUCUUCCAGAUUUGGCGAGCAUCCGGAAUAACUAGUGAAUUGCAACUUUACUGCACCGCAAUUGGUGCAUUGAUCUUUGCAGCGUUAAUGCUUUUUGCUGGUUGGUUCCAUUAUCACAAAGCUGCUCCAAAAUUGACUUGGUUCCAAGAUGUAGAAUCCAUGUUGAACCACCAUUUAGCAGGGUUACUAGGACUUGGCUCUCUAUCUUGGGCAGGACACCAAAUACAUGUUUCUUUACCUAUUAAUCAACUCUUAGAUGCUGGAGUGGACCCUAAAGAGAUACCACUUCCUCAUGAGUUUAUUUUAAAUCGUGAGCUUUUAGCUCAACUUUAUCCCAGUUUCGCUAAGGGAUUGACCCCAUUUUUCACCCUGAAUUGGUCGGAAUAUUCAGAUUUUUUGACUUUUCGCGGAGGACUCAACCCAGUAACGGGGGGUCUGUGGCUGACCGAUACUGCACACCACCAUUUGGCUAUUGCAGUUCUUUUUCUAAUCGCUGGUCAUAUGUAUAGAACCAAUUGGGUUAUUGGUCAUAACCUCAAGGAUAUUUUGGAAGCUCAUAAAGGUCCAUUUACAGGGGAAGGACAUAAAGGUCUUUACGAGAUCUUAACUACUUCAUGGCAUGCUCAAUUAGCUCUUAACCUAGCUAUGUUAGGGUCUUUAACUAUUGUCGUAGCUCACCAUAUGUAUUCUAUGCCUCCCUAUCCAUAUCUAGCUACUGACUAUGGUACCCAACUGUCUCUGUUCACGCACCAUAUGUGGAUUGGUGGAUUUCUCAUAGUUGGCGCUGCUGCACAUGCAGCUAUUUUUAUGGUAAGAGACUAUGAUCCGACUACUCAAUACAACAAUCUUUUAGACCGUGUUCUGAGACAUCGUGAUGCAAUCGUAUCACACCUCAACUGGGCAUGUAUUUUCUUAGGUUUCCAUAGUUUUGGUCUAUAUAUUCAUAAUGAUACUAUGAGUGCUUUAGGACGUCCUAAAGAUAUGUUUUCAGAUACUGCUAUACAAUUACAACCUAUCUUUGCUCAAUGGGUACAAAACACUCAUGCUUUAGCACCCAGUUUGACAGCUCCUGAUGCAACAGCAAGCACCAGCUUAACCUGGGGAGGCGGCGAUUUGGUAGCAGUAGGUGCCAAAGUGGCUUUGUUACCUAUUCCAUUAGGAACUGCGGAUUUUUUAGUACACCAUAUUCAUGCAUUUACUAUCCAUGUGACUGUAUUAAUAUUACUGAAAGGUGUUUUAUUUGCUCGCAGUUCUCGUUUAAUACCCGAUAAAGCGAAUCUUGGUUUUCGUUUUCCUUGCGAUGGGCCUGGUAGAGGAGGAACAUGUCAAGUAUCUGCUUGGGAUCAUGUCUUCCUAGGAUUAUUCUGGAUGUACAAUGCAAUUUCGGUAGUAAUAUUUCAUUUUAGUUGGAAAAUGCAGUCUGACGUUUGGGGUAGUAUAAGUGAUCAGGGAGUGGUAACUCAUAUUACAGGAGGAAACUUUGCACAGAGUUCCGUUACAAUUAACGGGUGGCUUCGUGACUUUCUAUGGGCACAAGCUUCUCAAGUAAUCCAAUCUUACGGUUCUUCAUUAUCUGCCUAUGGCCUUUUAUUCUUAGGUGCUCAUUUCGUUUGGGCAUUUAGUUUAAUGUUCCUAUUUAGUGGCCGUGGAUAUUGGCAAGAACUUAUUGAAUCUAUUGUUUGGGCUCAUAAUAAAUUAAAAGUUGCUCCUGCUAUCCAGCCAAGAGCCUUGAGUAUUGUCCAAGGACGUGCUGUAGGAGUAGCUCAUUACCUUCUGGGUGGAAUCGUCACAACAUGGGCGUUCUUCCUAGCAAGAAUUAUUGCAGUAGGAUAA